AUGACGAGAAUUAUCAAAUUUACAUGCUUUAUGCUGGCGGUAGUAUCAGCUGCUGCUUUGCCUAUUUCUGCCGAUAGCGAAGCUUCCGCAUCUGCUUCUUCCUCGUCCCGAGGAUCAGGCGGCCCCCCAAGUGGUCGUGGGAAAACCCACAGAGUUCAUGUCGGCGCCCGAGGCCUUUUCUACGACCCCCAAGUCGUCGUGGCGGACGUUGGGGAUGUCAUUGUGUUUGAAUUCAGGGCAGGAACUCAUUCGCUUACUGAGUCUACAUUUGGAUCACCUUGUAAGAGGCUUGAUGGUGGUGUUGAUUCCUCAAUUUUGGCGAACCCCGAGAGGGCAGAUCCAGGGCCGAAGUUUAAACAUGUUGUGACAGAUGAGAAGCCGCAUUUCUUCCACUGUGCGCACAAGAAGCACUGCGGUAGGGGAAUGGUCUUUGCCAUCAAUCCUACUGAGGAAAAGAGCUUUGAGGAGUUUAGACUGAGAGCUAUUGAGCAAGGAGGAGAAGGAGGAGAAGAUUCUGGAGAUGCCUCUUCGGGAGCUUCUUCGGGAGCCUCUAACAGUGCAUCGUCCUCAUCAAGUGCAUCCUCUCAGUCAGAUAGCUCGAGCUCGUCAGAUGCCUCUGCAUCUUCGAAAGCUUCUUCAGGCGCCCCUUCAGGUGGUCCCGGAGGUCCCGGCGGCCCUCCUCCUAGUGCCUCUGCCGGUGCCUCUGCCGGCACCUUUGCCGAUGCCUCUGCCGGAGGUUCUUCUAGGGCUUCUGCAGGCGCCUCCGCUUCUGCAGAUGCCGCAGGUGGCCCCCCGGCGGGUGGCCCAGGUGCCUCUAGCGGAGCUUCCGCUUCUGCUGAUGCCUCUUCCUCUGCAGGCGGUCCUCCAGGCGGUGGUCCUCCAGGAAGUUCUUCUGGAGCUUCUGCCGGUGCCUCUUCGGGUGCUUCCGCAGGUGGUCCUCCAGGUAGCGGUCCUCUAGGAGGUGCUGGGGCUUCCGCCGGUGUAUCAGCUUCUUCAGGUGGACCUCCAUCGGGCAGUCCGCCUUCAGGAGCCUCUAGCGGUGCCUUUGCUUCUGCAGAUGCUUCCACCGUUGCCGGUGGCCCUCCUAGGGGCCCUAAGGGGGGUCCUCCCGGUGCCUCUGCGGAUGACUCUGCUGAUGCCUCCGCUUCUUCGGGAGCCUCUGCUGGUGGCCCUCCUAGGGGCCCUAAGGGCGGUCCUCCCGGUGCCUCCGCGAAUAAUUCCGCAGAUGCUUCCGCCUCUUCAGGCGCUUCUGCCUCCUCAGGUGCUGCAGGUGGUCCUCCUAGGGGAGGUCCAGGUGCCUCAAGUGGAGCUUCUUCUUCUGCUGAGGCGUCUUCCUCCGCUGGACGCCCUCCUAAGGGAGGUCCAGGAGGUCCAGGAGGCGAAGCUUCCGAUGCUUCACCGGAAGCUUCUGCAGGCGCUGGUGGACCUGGGUCAGGUACCACAGGAACCUCUUAUUCAUCCUCAUCGUCUUCUUCGUCAUCCUCAUCCGCCUCAUCCUCCUCCUACUCCAGCAGCCACUCUUCCGGCGGCAGUGGCAAGCCACCCGGCGCAGGUACUGGCGCUUCAUCUGAGUCUUCAUCCAGCAGCAAGGCAGGAGCUGAUGGCGCCGGAGCAUCAAGCGGCUCCGGUGCUGAAGCGGGAGCAGGCGGCCCUGGUGCCUCAUCAAGACCCGGAGCUUCAUCAGGUGCCAGCGCUGGCGGGCCUGGCGGGCCUGGCGGACCGGGAGCGGGUAGCAGCAGUAGCAGUAGCAGCUCUGCAGGCGCGGGUGCGGAUGGGAGUGACGCUAUGAGCUCGUCCUCGUCUCGCAGCAAGUCUGGUGGCGGCCCGGAUGGAAGCGGAAGUGAGUCUUCGAGCUCCGCGUCGUCUCGCAGUAGGUCUGGCGUGCCGGGGGCAUAA